AAGAAGAAGACGACGAAGAAGCCGAAGAAGAAGACGACGAAGAAGCCGAAGAAGAAGACGACGAUAAAGCCGAAGAAGAAGACGACGAAGAAGCCAAAGAAGAAGACGACGAUAAAGCCGAAGAAGAAGAAGAAGCGGAAUACGAGUUAAAAAACAAAACAAAAGAACAAACAGAAGACGACAACGAGCGGCAUGUGUCGUAGUGACAUAACUUACUCGUGUUUUCAGAGAACCGGGUUUAAUUUCUUAACCUAAACUUGUUUUUCCGGUCCUUGUUCAGGGGACAUUUGCAGACCGGGACAACCGUAUAACACGUCUGUUGUCCAUCAGCAAUGGCUGGAAACCCUGCAGUCGUUAUGCGCCUGCUGGCUUCCGCCUACGCCGUGUCGGAAAAGGCUGGUGCCAUUGUCAGGAAUGUCCUCUACAGUGGAGAACUGGGCAUUGUGGAAAAGACUGGGGCUAAUGACCUGCAGACAAUGGCGGACAGACUAGCACAGCAGAGCAUCUGUGCUUCUCUCUCCAAACGCUUCCCCAAAAUUACUAUAAUUGGGGAAGAGGAGCUUCCUGCUGAGGUGGUAAUGGAAGACCUUAUUGAGAAUGGGCAAGCUGAAGAAAUCCUCCAGAAAACUUGUCCAGUUGAAUACAGUGACCUGAAAGAGGAGGAGCUAGUUGUUUGGGUCGAUCCCCUUGAUGGCACAAAGGAAUAUACAGAAGCGGCGAGGUAUCUCCAUUUUCCAGAGGAGGCCCAGAUUCCUCACACAGGGUCGGACCCCUCUCAGCUUCUCAGCACAGCCCUCUGGCUCCUGGAUAACGUGACUGUACUAAUUGGUAUCGCGUAUGGAGGCAAAGCCAUCGCUGGUGUCAUCAACCAGCCCUUCUACAACUAUCAGCUCGGAGCGAAGGCAGACUUAGGAAGGACUAUUUGGGGAAUGCUUGGAUUGGGAGCGUUUGGAUUUCAGCUGCAGGAAGUCCCAGGCGAUCGACGCAUCGUUACCACCACUCGUUCCCAUAGUAACAAACUAGUAACCGACUGUGUAGAUGCCAUGGAGCCUCAUGAGGUCAUAAGAGUGGGCGGAGCUGGAAAUAAGAUUAUCCAGCUCGUUGAGGGAAAGGCCUCUGCCUAUGUCUUUGCCAGUCCAGGAUGUAAGAAGUGGGACACUUGUGCCUCUGAAGCCAUCCUUCAUGCCGUAGGAGGAAGACUGACAGACAUGCAUGGAAAUGCAUACCACUACGAUGCCAAUGUAAAGCACAUGAACUCUGCUGGGGUGCUGGCGACACUACGCAACCACCAGUACUAUGCCAGCAGAGUACCACAGUCAGUGCUGCAAGCCCUGAAGUCAAACUGAGACUUAACGCA